CCGCCGUAUCAAAGUUUAGCAGCCGAAGAAAAACCCAUAAUCAUGGAGGACCGUAUACUGGCAGAUGUAGAAAUGAAAGAAGAAACAGGGUAUAAAGAAGCUUUGCAAAAUAGCCUAAUAGUCAAGGAGGCAACUACGCACUCUGUAGCAAGUGAUAGCUUGAACCCCAAAGCAAAACUAGUAGACGAAAAGCUUCUCGAAUCUAGUGGUAAACUAAAAGGGGUAAAUAGCUCGACUGAAGACAGCCCACAAGACAGUUAUUUCGAAAUAAAACUCAAAGUUACAAAG